AUGCCGUCUCGGCAUGCAGCGCAGCCUCGCGUCUCUCCAGGCCGCGGAUUCACCGGCUGGCGUCACCGCGACGCGCUUGUCCCCGGCCCGGGCCCAGCCCGGCCGGGCAGUCACAGCGUCGUUCUCUCGUUUGGCCGCUUCACACUUGCCGGCAUGGCCAGGAGGCAGGGCUGGAUGAGGCGACGCCUGCCUCGUCGCCGAUUGGUCGGGAUGCGCUCUCCCGCGGGCCUGGCGCUCUGA